UAAAAAUUACGAGUACUUUCAAUCUUGUAAACCAAAAUCAAAUUGCAAUUUAAAUCUCCACCACAAAAUCACCAUUUAAAUCAAAUCGGAAACCUCCACUGGAGUAACUUCAUAUCGUUUAUCAAUGAAGAAAAGGAAACUCAAAAUUUCAAACACAAAACCUCGUAAAAAUCUCAGAGUAUACAGAAAAAAUGACUCAGAUGAGGUAGACAUUAUAUCGCUAGGAAGUGAUGAUACAGAAACAACUAAAGAAGAAGAAGAAGUUGAAGGUAAUAUAAGAUACGAAGUUGUUUCAGCAACAACUGAAACAAAGAGUGACUCGGAUACCGAUUUUGUGGAAGAUACUCCAUCUCAUAUGGUUGACAAAAGGAAUAGAAAGCAAAAGAAAGCAAGGGAAAAGGGAAGAGUGACAAGUGUUAGUUUCAAGAUUAAUCUUAAAGAAGGAAGUUCAAAGAAGAAGAAGCCUAGGAAAACUGCUAAAAAGACAAAGAAUAAGGAAAAGGUUAAGAAUAAUAUUACAGGUGUUUUAACAUCUAGAAUGGUUCCUUUUCAACUUGUUGCUAUUUUAAGUAGUUUAACCACUAUACAAAAACAACAGUUGACUGAAAUAGGAUUUGGAAGUUUGGUAGAUUUUAAGAUCAAGUACUUACCGAUGAAAUUAGCACAAGAAUUAGUUGACAGAUUAGAUGCUGAGAAUUGUGAAAUGAUGGUUGAUGGUAAGUUGUUGAAAAUUACAAAACAAAAUGAACAUGAUAUUUUAGGUUUUCCCAUGGGAAGAGUAAAAGUGAAAGAUUUUAAAAGGGCUGAAAUGGGGACUAAUACUUUAGUUUUGACAUGGAAAAUGAGAUAUCCAAAUCCUAAAUAUAUUCAGGUGACUGGGGUUAGAGAAAUGAUCGAAAAUCAACCACAAGGAGGUUGGAAUUACAAAAUUGACAUAUUAUUGUCGAUUAUUAGUAUAAUGUGUGAAGAAAUAAGUUGUGGUAUAGUGAAUCAGAGAGUUUUGGGUUCAAUAGAUAGUGAAGAUGAUAUAAGAAAGUUGGAUUGGUGUGGAUAUUUGAUUGAAUGUUUGAAAAGAUCAAAGAAGAAAUGGGAAAAGGAUAACCCAAACACACUGUAACAUUCGUGAUUUUGACCUGUUGACUAUUUGUACAAUUUAACUAAUCAUUUUUAGUUAGUAAUAUAUUCGAGGUCAUUUUUGGAGUUCAA